CGUUGCGUUUUCAAAAUGGCGUAAUCUGAAAGAAAACAAUGUGACGUUGAAAACUAUUGUGGGGAAACGAGAGGAUUUCAUUUAAUUAACCGCACCGGCAGCUAUAAAUCCUGCCACACUAUGACGGUGUGCAACUUUUGGAUGCAAGGCCGGUGUCGAUAUGGCGACAGGUGUUGGAAUGAGCACCCAAAAGGAGGCGGUGGUGGUGGAGGAGGCGGCGGUGGUGGAGGAGGCGGCGGUAGUGGCGGCAGCUACGUUGGAAAUUACAACAGUCGUCCCCCUCAACAGUUCAACAGAGGCGGAGGGUUUGGGAACAGAGUGUGGGUGAACCCAGCUCCGAGGUCUGGAGGAGGAAACUACGUCCAGCCGUCAUCCUUCUCCUCCCAGCAGGGUGGGGAUGACUGGGGAGGGGGAGGAAGAGGAGGGGGAGGUGGGGGCAACAACAACUGGGGUCCUGGAGGAGGAGGAAGAGGAGGAGGAGGAGGAGGAGGAGGAAGGGACAGCGAAGUCAAGAGCUCCAAUUUCAGUUUUGCAGCCUCCUCUCCAAACCAAAACAGAUUUUCUGCCUUGAGCACUGGAGAAGAUGAAGACAAUGGAAAACAUUUGGAGACCAUCCAGAAGGAUAUGGAGAUCUGGGAGACUUCAGGCCAGUGGCUUUUCUCCUGUUACUCUGUCCUCAAAGCAACCAUCUCAGGGUUUACAGAGCUCUCUCCAGAGGAGCUGAGACAGGAGUAUUACAACACCAAGCCAUCUGGAGACCUGCAGGGAUAUGCUAACGUCGUCAAUCAGCUGCUCAACCAAUGGAGAAGUAGAGUCCAGGAGCUGAGGGCUAUGAGCGGCAACACCAGAGUCGCUAUGCUUGCAGAGCUGGACAACCCAGCACCACAGGCAGCGUCUGGAGGUUUUGGGUCGACACCAGUGACCGGCUUUGGGUCCUCAGCUCCAUCAGGUUUUGGGUCCUCAGCUCCAUCAGGUUUUGGGUCCUCAGCACCAUCAGGUUUUGGGUCCUCAGCACCAUCAGGUUUUGGAUCCUCACCACCAUCAGGUUUUGGGUCCUCAGCACCAUCAGGUUUUGGGUCCACAGCACCAUCAGGUUUUGGGUCCACAGCACCAUCAGGUUUUGGAGCAGGCGUGCCAGCCCAGGCCCCAGGUGCCAGCAGUUUCAGCUUUGGUUCUGCUGCUCCCCUGCCUGCAGCUUCUGGUUUGGGCAGUGCUUUGGCAGGCACCGCCCCUGCUCCCGCUGGGGUCGGCUCUACGGCCACCGCUGCUCCCUCGGCAGCAGGUUUCUCCUUUGCCACCCCUGCUGCCAACAAAGACCCAACUACUGCCGGUUUCGGAGCUCCUGCUUCAGGGUUUGGAGCGCCUGCCUCUGCUUCCGGGUUCAGCUUCGCCUCGAUGACCACUGGUGGAGGAGGAUUUGGAGGGAGUGGUUUCGGGAGUGCAGCGCCGGUGGCUGCAAGUGGAGGGUUUGGGGCUAUGGCAGCAGGGACAGGGACGACUGGGACUGGGGGGGCAGCAGACAGUCUCUUCACCCCCAAGAGCCAGCUGAGUGAAGAGGACCUGAAGGAGUUUGGAGGGAAGAGGUUCACCCUGGGGCAGAUACCACUCAGACCUCCCCCUGUUGAUAUGCUGGUGGUCUGAGCCCACCAUGGACAUCUGCAAAAUGGCUUGUCUCCUUUUCUUUAACGGACCUGAUGGGAAAGAGCUGGACUGAAUGUCUCUGAACCCAUUUUGAUGAGUAAAAACCCUUAUGCCCCCCCCCCUUUUUGUUAACCCCUUUUUUUCAAUUUUCACCAAAUCUGCCUGUAAGGAUAUGCAUAUACUUGAUACCAUUUGAAAGGAAACUCUUUGAAAUGUGAAAUUAAUGUAGGAGAAUAUAACACAUUAGAUCUGG